AUGGCGCCAGUCCCCGGAGCAUUUCUCUCUCCCACUGGCGGGCUUCGUCGAGGCCUCCCGCUCUCCCACUUCUGCACGCAUCUUCCAAGAACUCGUUUCUCCCGCGCCCUGCUGGGAUGCCUCCUUGUCUCUCUGUAUGUCGUCGGUAGCCAGCCGUGUUAUCCUCUCUUCUCGGAAGCGGCUCGUGAGCAGGCCGGUGCACCACAGGACUCUGAUGGCGACUCUGCCGCUGUUGGAUCAGAGGUUCAGCGCGUUGCUGAAGGUUACAGUGGACACGCAGACGGACGCCUCCCUCAGGGUGUGAGCCCUGGUCUUCUGCGCCGACGCCUCAAGAGCCUCGUGCCAGGCUUUUUAAUGCGGCGGCGAAUCUAUAAGGCCCUGCCGCAAAUUGACGAAUCGCAGUUUCCUGAGUUCCAAGAGGUAUCCUCUGCUCUGGGGACUAGUUUUCUCGAUGAUGCGCGCUCGGAAGUCCACUUCUUCCCCAAGCCGUCAAAGAGCGUGUUGAAUCUCUUAAGCGUUUUGCAAGACGAUGUCCCCUACGGCAUCGCCAUCAAGGCGAUACCCUUCGGCUUGCUGGACUUCUACUUGCCGAUCAUGGAGUCGUAUAUCCACCGGAUGGUCGCGGACGAGGUCAAGUUUCCGGUUUUUUUGCCGCUCCUUGGAGUCUUCCGGAGUGCCAGGAGGCGCACGGUGUACCUUGUGUUCCCUCUGUACCGGCCGCUGCCUGGCAUGUUGGAAAUACACGCCAAAAAUGUAAACUUUGUCCUUCUUCUGGCCGAACUGGCUGUUGAUAUCCGGGAGCUGCACGAACGAAAUUUAACGCACCGAGACAUCAAGGAAGACAACUUCUUGGUGGAUCCCUACGGCCACGUCGUCGUCGCUGACUUGGCGACUGUCGAGGUGACGGACGAGUUGGCUUACGCGCUUGGCACGGAGGGAUAUAUGCCUCCUGAAACGCAGGCGGCAUUUGUUACGCGCAGCACGCUCAUGCCCGUCCGGUACGGGGAGAAAACAGAUAUCUACAGCCUCGGAAAGACGUUCGUUGAGAUCGCAUCUAUGUUGGAUGAAGCGGGCGUUGCUAUACCCAACAAAGAUAGAUUCGAAAAGUUGGUGGCACGCAUGACGGCGACGUCUCCUGCAGAUCGGCCGAAUAUCCGUGAAGUCAUGGAUGACUCGUUCUUCGAAGAUAUCGACUUCCAGCAAGUGCGAGAGAGAACAGGCCGGGGGCCGUUCAGGAAGCUGGUCGGUGCGGACAAACUCAGAGAGUGGCAGCGGCGGAAGCGAGAGGCAGCUGCGGAGAAAGCCAAGGCAGAGAACGACAUGAAUUAA